AUGGCAAAACUUAAAAGAAAACCAACCGCCGGAGAACAAAACAAACCCGACAAAGAGGACACACAACCAUCUUCCGUAGAGCCAAACAAGGCAGAGGAAGAAGUCACAAUAGACAAUAGUCCUCCUGGUGCCGGUGAUAUAGAGUGUGGGGCCAAAGGUGAAAACCGAGAGCAACACUCAGACUGUGCUGAAUAUACAAGUCCAGCAGCAAACAUGAAUAAAGUGAAGAGAAAGAACACAAAGAGGCAGGAUCACAAAAUCGAAAUGAAAAAAGAUCCCAAAAUAGAAAAAGAGUUGGUAGAAUUCUAUAAAAUGAAUCCAUCCCUAUGGGAUAUACGCCUUGAAGAUCACCACAACAGGGACAACAAGAAGAAACUUCUUGAAGAUAUCUCGAAAAGCACCGGUGUUUCGGCAGAGGACAGUCCUGCAGUUGACUUGAAUGCAGCAGAGAGAGAAGCUGUGAGACAGGGGAAGGAUGAUGACUUAAAACGGAAAAGCAAAGGAAAGAAACACAGCGAGGAUGAGGAUAAAGAGAUCACCAUGCUUCAAAAUACAGCGAAAGAGUCUAUUAGUGUCCUUGAGUCGCUAAAGGAAUCCGUCAACAAAGUUGCUGUUAAACGCGAAGAACCGUCUGAUGUUGCCACCUUGUAUGGACGGUAUUUGACACAAGAGAUGAGACAGAUGUCCAAGAGACGUUUUAAGUCAUUCCGUAGGGAAGUUGAAGCAAGUUUGGCAAAGUACAACUCUUCAACCGACUCUGAAGAUGAUGCUAUCAAACCUCUUGCUAAGAAAACAAGCAGUUCUACCUCCUCCACCGUGACUCCAUCCUCAAGUGGUCCUACCAACAGUUUCUACGCCUCUGGAAUGCAUCAAUCUCAUGGUGAUGGCUGGAAGCCUCCGCCUAGCAGAUGGAUCCCAAAUCCACCACAAACAGCAUCUCCCUGGCACAGUCAAGAUGACAGAUAUAUGCAGCAGUAUUUCCAGCAGCAGAGGAAGCAGUUAACUCCCCAGAUGCAUCCAACAUUGCAGUCCCCAAAUCGACGAUCGCUGAUCAAUGUCUCCUAUGGCCAGUCUACUCAGGGCCAAGAUGACUUAUCUAGGGGUUCUUUACGUCCACCACAAGCUAUCCCUAUAGCCUCUCCUCUGACCCAGGCAUUGCUGUCGUCUGGAAUGGAUAUACUACUUCAGGAGAAGCCUACACAGGAACAUGUGAACAUACCUGCAAUGCCCAGCAACCUACCUGUCCUGGGUGAAGAAGGGCUCAGUAUGGAUGUCUCUCUUGUUGGUAGCACCCGUCCCACAUCUGCUCCAGUUCUGCCUUCUGCUUCGGAUGCUUUUUCCACAUCCGCACCACGUAGUAAGUCAAGUGCUUAGAGACUUAGUGACGACAUGUUCACUGCUCUUGUUUUUAUUUUGUAAAUUUUGUUGUUUACAUCUAAAUUUUUUGUUAUAAAGAUAUUUUCUAAAUAAAGUUUAUUCUCUUAGUAUAA